UUCUCCUGCUGAAGUCCAAGCACAUCCUUUAUCUUAUCUAGGGACCACAGCUUCCUACCGGCUCCUACCCUCUCACAACCAUCGCUGCGUGAUAUCGUUCGCCGUCACAUUAUCCAAACUGGCAGGUUUUCCCAGCCUCUGGGGGUCGGACCCACCGCCGCGUCUCCCAAGCAGAGCCUUUCUCGUGGUCGAGCAGCUUCCUUUGCCUCAUUCCCGCCAAGAGCGGGAAACAUUGGCAUUUCAGACACGCCAUUUCCUACCUCUUCCUACCCCCGGCCCCCGGGAGCCGGCAGCAGGGAGAGGCCUUGACCUUGGCUACGAGCUGGGCGGUGCACUUUCCCUCAUGGUACAAUUUUACUUUCGAUUUCCUCGGCGAGUUUGCCUGAUUUCCCCGAGAUUUCGGGUGGGGGCAGAUUAGCCACGCGAGCCUCCGGAGAAACGAAAGUGGAAAGCGUAAGUGCUUCCCCCUCAGCUCCUCUCUGCUGGAGGAGAAAGGUGACAGGGCUUAUUAUUCCCGGGGAAAAACUGUUAGUUCCAGAGCUUCUGCUUGCUUAGGUUAUAACAUGGCUGACAACCAUCCUGACCCACAUACAUUCAUGAACAAACUUAAUCAACAUUGUCAGAAGAAAGGUUUAAAAUUGGAGUACAAAGACAUUGCUAUCACAGGCCCAUCUCAUGAUCGUGUAUUCACUGUAGCAGUUGUCAUCGGCAAGGUCCAAUAUGAAUCUGCCAUUGGUAAAACCAAGAAACAAGCAAAAGCUCAGGCAGCUGUAUUAGCCUGGAAUACCAUACAAAAGCAAAAAGAGGGAGAACCAGAUUCAUGUGAGCAGCACAAGGAGUCAACGUUAUCCCUGCUUUCUCUACGUGUUCCUGAAUAUACAUCUUCAAAUUCAAUUAACUAUGUUUCCUUGCUUAAUGAGUAUGCGUUAAAGAACAAAGUGCAUGUUCAGUAUAACUUGAUAUCUAAAACUGGAUUGGAACAUAAACCAAUCUUUUCUUAUGAGUGUCAGAUUGAUGAUAUAGUAGUUGGUGUUGGAAGAGGAAAUAAAGCUCAAGCAGCCAAAUUUGAAGCAGCCAAACUAGCAUAUGAAAAGUUGACUAGCUCAUCAACUUUCAGAGCAGAACAAUCUGCUAACUCUGCCAGUGAUUCUUCAGAUACGACAUUCAGUAGUAGCCAAGAACUAUCGAGUGAAGCAUCUGGAACCAGUACAGAUUUGGAUUCCGAACUGAAGAAGACAUCUGACACAUUUACUCAACAUACCGAUGCCAUUCAGCUAAAUGAAACUUCGUCUACUCAGAACCCUGUCAGUCCACCCAGUCAAUCUAUGAAACCUAAAAGAAAAGAAACACCCUUGGCUCCAAUAUUUUCAAAACUGUGUACAAGAACAAGUAAAUUCACCAAAAAUGACAGAUUUCUUGCAGACUUUUAUGAUAUAGACAGUAUUGCUUCUGGUGGUUUUGGAAAUGUUUUCAAGGCAAAGAAUAUCAUUGAUAAGAGAGUAUGUGCUAUCAAACGCGUCCGACUUUUAGGCAAAAGCAAAAAAGAUAAUGGAGAAAGAGAAAAAAGAGAAGCAGAAGCACUGGCAAAAUUGGAUCACCUGCACCCGCAUAUUAUUCGAUAUUAUGGUUGUUGGAGUGGAAAAGACAUUUUCCAGUUUCCUGAUACCAGUGUGAUCAGCUCAGAGCAAUAUGACUGCCUCUUCAUUCAUAUGGAAUUAUGUGAACAAGGCAAUCUAUCAGAUUGGAUAAAAAAAAAAGGUCUUUCUCUCUACAAUAAAAAAGAUCCUUGUAAAGAAGAUUCUAUAAUUCUAUUUCAGCAAAUAGUGGAAGGAGUGGAGUAUAUCCAUUCUAAGGGUUUAAUUCAUAGAGAUCUCAAGCCUCUAAAUAUACUUUUUUAUAGUGAAAAACACAUAAAAAUAGGUGAUUUUGGGUUGGUAACAGAUGUAGAUGUCGGACAAAAGACAACGAACACGGGAACAGUGAAUUACAUGGCACCUGAGCAGGAAGGAAGCAAUUAUGGCAAGAAAGUAGAUAUCUUUCCAUUAGGAUUAAUUUUGUAUGAAAUGCUUUCCCCAUUUUUCACUGAUACUGAGAAAUAUAAGGAAUGGCCCAAUAUUAAAGAAGGCAAAUUUCCAACAAAAUUCACCGAGGAGUUUUCAGAAGAGACUCAUCUAAUUAAGAAACUGCUUUCCAAAGAGCCAGCUCGAAGACCAUCAGCAGCUGUUAUUUUAAACAACUUAAAAGGCCAGCCUCCUAGAGUACACACUCGUUAGUGGAUUUGUCAAAGCACAGGUUUUUGGUUCAUGUUUCUUUUGCUUUUCCUGAUGCCUGAAAUCAGUGUGAAUAGAGAUUGGGUCAUCAUUUAAGUGUGAAGGAUUGGGUUUGCUUCUUAUUCCUUGCUAUAUUUGGAAUCUCCUGAGAAGUCAAAGAAUGUAAAGAACUUCAGUGAAAUGGGAAGAUCUAAUGGAAAUGGAAAAAGUGCCUUUUAUGAACUUUGCAAGAACUUUGCAAGAUCUCAUCCUGUGUGCAAACACACAAUAGCAAUUUGAUGUAUCUGGAUUUUUUUUUUUUUACAAAGAGUUUUAAUGUGCCAUUCCAAUACUGUUGUUAUUCCGUUAAGUUUAAUAUUGACUAGGGAAGUUAAUACUAUUCUUCUAACUCAUGGAACUACUUGUAAUCAAGUGUUAGUUGCUAUCUUUUGUUUUGUGAAAAAUAGUACUAUGUGAUUAAUCUGCAGUUUUAUGACAGAGUAUUUACUUCCUUUACAGAUUUUUUGAAUCUUUGCAAAUGAAUGCUAUUGGAGCUUCAUAUAGAUACUACAGUACUGAUUUAUAAAAAGGUUAUAGAUGAUAUGGUUUGGUUUCUUUGGCAGAACUGUAGAUAUAAAUCCAUAAAUCAACCAUUUAACUUGCAAUGCAUACAUGGGCAACUGUUUUGGAAGUACAAGACAAUGCAUUUAAUUACACUUAGCUUUCAUUUACCUUAAAAUCGAGAACUUCAGUAUUGCAAGAGCAAUGCAUCUAACAGUGCUUAUAUUUAUGUUGUUUCUAUAAACAGAUUUAUAGAAUAUAUUCUAAUAUGCUAUCUUGCAUUUGUGUUUUGAUAGCUUAAGAGAUGUGGUGGUGCUGUGGUUAGAAUGCAGUACUGCAGGCUACUUCUGUUGACUGCUGGCUGCCUGCAAUUUGGCAGAUCAAAUCUUACCAGGCUCAAGGCUUACUCAGCCUUCCAACCUUCCGAGGUGGGUAAAAUGAGGACCCAGAUUGUUGGGGGCAAUAGGCUGACUCUAAACGGCUUAGAGAGGGCUGUAAAAGCACUGUGAAGCGGUAUAUAAGUCUAAGUACUAUUGCUAUUAAACCAAGUAUAUCCAACCUGCAGGCACACGUAGACCUGGGUAGCUAGUACUGUAGCCCCAGAAGAUAAAUAAUAAAACUUAUAAAAAACAAAUGACAUUUGCUAUUUAUAUACAUUAAUUAUAUUUUUAUAUGCAGCCCAAGACAAUUUGUCUGCACUCAAUAUAGUCCCAGGCAAGCCAAGAUUGCCAUUCAUGUUCUAAAUCAUUUAAUGUAUUAAUCAAUUAAACAAACCAAUAUAAAACACAACAGUGAGGAUACAGUCAAAGGUUGAAAAAAAUAUGAUGAUAAAAUGAAGUAAAACUUUAAAAAAAGGGGGGACAAACAUUAAUGGAAUCCAGAUAUACAACUAUCUCAGUCCUAUCAUAUGUCAUCUAGCGUAUAUAUUGCUUUUGUCUUCUCAUUUCUACAAUAUAAAGAAAUGUUAAAAAUGAACAAUAUACCGUAUUUUCCGGCUUAUAAAACAACUUUUUAACACAUGAAAAUCUUAAAAGUCAGGGGCCGUCUUAUACGCUGGGUGUCGUUCUCCUGUAACCAGGCAGACCAGCCCGAAAGGCUCUGAUGAGCCUUAAAUGGCUCUGAUGAGCCAAGCUUUGACCAUCAGGCAACUCAGCUGGGAUCGCAGGAGCCAUUUAAAAGGAAAAAACUUUUUUUCUUUUACAUGGCUCUGGCGAUCCAAGCUCUGACGAUCCCAGCUGAAUUGCCUGCUAAUCAGGCAACUCAACUGGGAUCGCCAGAGCCAUGUCAAAGGAAAAAAGUUUUCCCCCUCCAGCUUGCUUACCUUAGCUGCUAGUCACAACACUUGCCUUGCUUCGCUUGCCUGAAUCCAUUCCAUCAGCAAGCAACUCCCUGCCUGCAAUCAAGCAGGCAGGGAGUUAUGGACUUCAACUCCCAGAAUUCCUCAGCCAGCAAAGCAAAGCUGGCUGAGGAAUUCUGGGAGUUGAAGCCUACAAAUCUUAAAGUUGCCAAGGUUGGAGACCUCUGUUCUAUUGGGUAAGUUUUUUUCCCCUUUGGGAGCUUUAAAAAAAAUACUUAAUUGGGUUUUUUUUUAGUUGUUCUUUUUUAGACCUAGCCAUUUAAAGUUUAGGAAGUUUUAAAUUGAGCUUUCAUAUAAAAAUUAAAAUAAAAUAAAAUAAUAUUUGUGCAGCUUUCUGAGAUUUAGUGUGUUUCUGUAGUGUUUCACUCUAACUAUACAAACACACAAAAUCUCACAAAGCUGUAUGUGGAAUUUUGUGUGUGUAAAGUGUGAAAGUUGGGUUUUUGUGGCUGUGUGAGGUUCCUGCUUGUUGCAGGGGCCAUUUUGGAUCUAGCACAGCUGCUUUUACAUUGUGGGUGAGCCAGUUGUGUUGUGUGUGUGUAAAGUUUUUUGGGGGGGAUUUUUGUGGCUGUGUGAGGUUCCUGCUUGUUGCAGGGGCCAUUUUGGGUCUAGCACAGCUGCUUUUACAUUGUGGGUGAGCAGUUUUUAUUUGGUGUGCGUUGGAAGAGGGGUAGUCUUAUACGGAAAGUAUAGCUCAAACCCUAUAUUUUAACAGGAAAAGGGGGUCGUUUUAUACGCCCGGUCGUCUUAUACCCCGGAAAAUACGGUAUCUCCUGAAUUCACUUCUUCAGUAUUGUUUUUGGUCCAGUAUAAAUUGUGUAAUUUAUCUAGUGUGUGCAAAUUCUUUGGAAAAAGAAAAGCUAGAGCAUUUCUGAACUCAACCCCAGAUUCUGCAUGUGGUGGGUUAGAGGAUCUUUGACAGAUUGGUUGUAAAAAAAAAAAUAAAGCUUUUGGAAAAUUU